AUGCCAUUUCAUACGGCGGAGCUAUGCUACUCACCAAGAGAGAUUUCAAGCGAGGGGCGAACCUCACGAUGCGCCAAACACAGCGUUGGACGAGCAGUGUACUUAACACCAAUCCACCUUUGGAAUAGUGACACCGGAAAAGUCGCAGACUUCACCACCAAUUUCUCCUUCGUGGUGGCUUCCGACGAAAUAGCCUUCAGCACCUCCCGGAAUGAGAUCGUGGCCGUCGAACUGGACAGCUUCGGGAACGAGUGGGACCCAAUUCCUGAACCUCUAGCUGCUCACGUAGGAAUCGACGUUAACUCUCUUAGGUUUGUGUCGCUAUCGCAAACCAUUGACCUGACGACUGUGCUGCCGGAAUGGGUUAGAAUCGGAUUCUCGGCGGCCACAGGCGAUCUGUUUGAGGCCCAUGACAUUUCGGUGACGCGAUUUCAUACGGCGGGGGCUAUCCUCCUCACAAGAAGAGAUCAGGUCGGAGGAGGGGAAGUCGUCAUCCGCAAAAACAGCGUCGGCCGAGCAGUGUACUUCACCCCAAUCCACCUAUGGGAUAGAUACACCGGAAAUGUUGCAGACUUCACCACCGAGUUCACGGUCGUCGUGGAUUCCGGCGGACCACUUCUUCACGGCGACGGCUUGGUCUUCUUCAUAUCGCCGGUGGAAUCCGCCCUUCACAUCCCUGUAAAUUCAUCCGGUGGCUAUCUUGGAUUGUUCAAUCCUGAAAAUGCCUUCAACCCCAACCGCCAGAAUCGAGUCGUGGCCGUUGAACUCGACAGCUUCGGAAACGAGUGGGACCCUGUUCAGGAAUCUCUAGCUGCUCACGUAGGAAUCGAUGUCAACUCUCUUAGGUCGGUGAAAACUGCAGAUUGGCCAAUCAACAGCGUACCACGAGGUUCUUUGGGGAAGGCACGUAUUUCAUAUGACUCUAAGACUAAAGAACUCAGUGUGACCAUAAUUUACGAUGGUACUAAGCAGGGUAGGGUAGUUUCACUAUCGCAAAUUGUUGACUUGAAGAGCGUUCUACCAGAAUGGGUUAGAAUUGGAUUCUCUGCGGCCACUGGCGAUUUGGUUGAGUCCCAUGAUAUUCUUUCUUGGUCUUUCUCUUCUUCCCUUCGACAAGAAAAAAGCACUUGAAGAAGACGAUCAUGCCACUGGUUCUCCGUGAAAUCUAAACUUCGUAUUUGUAUGUUUCCUGAAUAAUAUCAGCAAGGCACUAAGCUUGGUGUUUUGAUGGAAUCACGUCUAGUUGUCUUUCUUAUUAUUUAAAUCUUGGUGUAUG